AUGAAUUAUGCCAACAUGAUAGAGGAGAAGGGCUUGAAGAAAGGGUUCAUUGUAGCGACCCUCGUGAGCACCAUUGUUGGCACCUUUACCACAUCCCUCAACUUCUACGACCGAGUACAAGAGAGGAAGGCCGCAAAGAAACAGAACCGCGUCGACGAUGGCCAGAACAAGGAGAUCCAGUCCCUGCGCGAGGAUAUCCAGAAUAUGCGCAAAGGCGGCAAGAAGGACUCCAGCUCCUCCCGCUCGCGCUCUCGCAGCACCGACCGCUCUCGAUCUCACAGACACCGUCGCAAAAGCCGGAGACGAAGCGUAGGAUAUGACGACGAUAGCGACGAGGACUUUCGCCGCCUAGCUGGCCGCUCACGCGCAAUGAUCGAGCGCGAGUAUGACGAGAACUACCUCCGUCUGGGCCAGCGGUAUGCGCAGGGUGAUGUGGUGACGGAGAACAAGCUGCAGGCGCAGAUCAUCACGCUCCAGCAGGCGGUUAUCAACGUUCUGCAGGAUGCGUUGAUGGAUGGGAGGAGCUUGACGAAGGCGGAUAUACACCGCCUGGUGGGGGCGCAGGAGAGGGCGAGGGACGGCAGCCUGGAGGCGCUCAGAGGGAUGUAUGACCGGCUGCUGCCCGAGGCUGGAGACAAGAGGUUGAGGAUCGAAGGGCCGCCAGAGAGGAAUGAGGACAUGAGGUUGGGGAGACAAAUGACGUUGCCGGUGGAGAGGGAGAGGGAGGAGGUUGCAUUGGCGCCGGUGAAUAGGGUGAAGUCGAUGCCGGUGCAUGCGAGCUCGGAAGAACUGUACUGUCGAUAUAGCAGCGACUUGCAGGCUUCGAGGGUGGGCUUGGCGCCGGCGUUUCCUUCGAGUGGUGGGUGUAGGUGUCCCGACUGCGGAAUACGGAUACCGGUGUCGAAACAAGAUGCGUGGACGUUCGAGGUGCGGAUACCGGUCGGAGAUGGGCUGGUCGAGAAGCGGAUGUACGAGAUGGACGCGCGCAUGGUCGUCAAGAGCCACACGCCUUAUGGUGAUUAUGCGUGCGUUCUGUGCUCGCGGGAAAGGGACAUGGACUGCAUUUGCAAGAGCGUGGAAGUGCUUUUGGAGCAUCUAGGGCGCAUACACUCUUCACAAGAGUUCGAGCACGAGAAGGACAUGCAUCGGGUGUGA